GUGAAAUCUCAAAAGUUUAAAGAGACUUCGAUAUGGAAAGAAUUUUGGGACACACUAUUUCUGACUUUAUAAAGGCAAUAAAACAAAAUGGUGGUAUUAUCAAUUCGAUCAAAGUAUUACAUAGAAUGGAUGCGAUCAAACUUGGGAAAUUAGUUGGCCAGGAUGAAUUCGGAAAUAAAUACUAUGAAAAUAAUAAUAACUUUGUUUGCCGAAAUCGAUGGGUCGUUUAUAAUGAACAACUUUCUUUGAAUUAUGAUGCUUCACAAGUGCCGCCCGAAUGGCAUGGAUGGCUUCAUUACAAGACGGACUUAUUACCCCAUCAAGAUCCGAGCAGAAAAAAAUAUAAAUGGAUGAUAAAACAUACUCCAAAUUAUAGUGGAACUGAACUUUCUUAUGUUCCUUAUAGUACUGUAAAGCCAAAGAUCGAACCGUGGAAUCCGAAAAAGUAGAUUUGAAAAUCAUAGUCAAUAAUAAGAAUAUGUUAUGUAUUGAUAUUAUUAUAUGGUAAAUUAAAUAAAUUGAGCGUGUG